CGCUGGCCACAACCCCGUGAGGUGGACAACACGAAUAGGAAUUAUCCAUGUAGCUUCGUUUAAGCUGUACAUUAUAAGAACUAAAGGUGCGACACGUUUCUCAGUGACGUGUUUCUUAUGCAACACGUGUUGGGCUGAUAGAUAUGAGACGUCCAGGCCAAAGAAUAUACAGUUUCGAUUAUCCGUACCGACGUUGAAAACCUUUCUAAGAUAAAAAGGUUUCUUACGAACCACAUGCUGGAGAGGUAUCAACGUUUUAAGAACACAACUGUACAGUAUUGGCUGCAUAUGCAGGACAAGUACCACCGUUGUGGCACAUUUCUACCAUAAAAACAGAAACGUGUUUCUUCAUCAACGGAUGCUGGAGAGGUACAACGUUGUAAAACGUUUCUCAGACCACAAUUUACAGUGUUUCUGGAUAGGCACCAACGCUGUGGCUGAUUCCACCAUAAAACAGGAAGGUGUUUCUUUUUUUCUUUUCUUUUUAAACGUUUUUAUUGUUCCUUGGAAGGUGUUUCUUACUCAACGCAUUCUUGGCAGGUGCCCGCGCUGUGACAAAAUUAAAGAUGGCAAAGGUGACAAUUGUUGUGGUAGUUUUGUUGCUGUGGUGGACUCAAGUGUCCAUGGCCUGUACCGAACUUUCAGAGCGACUGUCCAGCGGUGUGUUCCGGAAGCUACGUCUGCUGAGGUCCACCUAUGUGGUGUUGUCCUCUCACACCCAGUACCACUGUGCCAUGCAGUGCAUGUAUGAUACUAUUUGUGCCUCCUUCAACUACGACAACACGACGUCUUCGUGUGAGCUGAACAACGUAACAUCAACCACCUCACCUGAUCAGGUAGUCAACACACCUGGGUGGAUUAACGCCAAUGCGGACAGCUUUCCACAGACACUUAUCGGUCCGUGUGCAGAUCACACUUGUCUCCGGGGAACCAUCUGCACAUGCGGCAGCUCUCUGUCACAGUGUAUAGAAAGUAGACGCUGUGUGUCGGGGUCCCUUUACUUCGGCAACAAUAACAUCACCAGAGGCGGCCGGACAUGUCAGCGGUGGGACACCCACACACCCAAUGAACACUUCGGAAUGCAAGACUCGCUUUCCAACAUGCAAACAGUCACCAGUAUGGCGGAGGCGGGCAACAGGUGCUUGACAGAGUUCAACGACCCCAUACCGUGGUGUUACACCACAGAUCCCGCACUGCGUUGGGGAACACUGCAGCAUUCCGAAUUGUUAGGAUGUUGCAGACGUCACUGGGAAUACUGCAGUAUACCUCAUUGUCAGGAUGUUGCAGAUUGUACUGGAAAUAUCUAAAUCCUGAUUGUACAGAAGUCCAUGUUCCUAAAACAAUAUCAUUUUAGGAACCGACCAUUGUAUAUUAUUUGGGGAUGUGGUGUCGGGGGUUCUGGGUUUGUGUGUUCGGACUAGAUAUUUUGGGGAUAUUUUGUUCAUUAAAACUAUGAGCCUGGAUAUUAUUUUUACAAAAACACCUUGGCAGACAAUUAUUUUCAGCCUAUCUAACAACCGCCCCACCACCAAGCCAUCCCACCACCCCACCAACUCACCUAA